AUGAACUUCCGAAUGCCUAUUGAACCAACCCGGAGGAAUAAAUUUCGGCUCGACAUAACCAUUGGAUCCUUCCUAGCGGUGACUUUGAUCCUGAUUAUUGCCCGAAUAGCCAAUAAAGGCACUCCCUCCACGAGAACGAAUACAUGGGGAAUCGCGGUGUGUGUAAAAUCCGCCGUAUUUCUUGCUUAUCAGUUGACGACAGCCCAUGUGAGGCGCUUCAAAAGAUGGGCUAGCACAAAGGUAAACAAGAUUCUCACUUUGAUCGACACUGUAUUCUGGUUUGCGUUGUUUAUCAUCAGUAUCAUGGGUACUGCGGCGGCCCAUAGUACCACCAGUCGUGUGUUAGGUGUAAUUAUUAUCAUUCUGGUGCUUAUAUUAUGGUAUGUUGAGCUUUAUGGUUGCCUAUAG